UUUGCUGUGUCUUCCUGAAAUGCCUUCUUUCCUAUCUCUUCGGAGCCAGGAAGGCAAACCAUUUGCUUUUUCCUGGUUUCUUAGAGCUUGUGUUUGGAUUCCUUCAUAAGACUGGUGGAUAUUUUUUUUUUGUGGCUUCCCCUAAGCUAGCUGGACAGGAAAGAUGGAUUUCUCCAAACUUCCCAAAGUACGUGAUGAAGACAGAGAGGAUGCCUUUGGCUAUGUCUUUGGUGUUUCAGGACCUGUUGUCACUGCCUGCAACAUGGCAGGUGCCGCUAUGUAUGAACUGGUACGAGUUGGCCACUGUGAGCUGGUCGGAGAAAUUAUCCGGCUGGAGGGGGACAUGGCAACUAUUCAGGUAUAUGAGGAAACCUCUGGUGUUUCCGUAGGAGACCCCGUACUCCGUACUGGCAAGCCCCUCUCGGUGGAGCUUGGCCCUGGAAUCAUGGGAGCCAUUUUUGACGGUAUUCAGAGGCCUCUGUCAGACAUCAGCACUCAAACCCAGAGCAUUUACAUCCCCAGAGGAGUCAAUGUGACAGCUCUGAGCAGAGAUCUCAAAUGGGACUUCUCGCCUGUCAAAAACCUGCGGGUUGGCAGUCAUAUCACAGGCGGUGAUAUUUAUGGCCUAGUGACUGAAAACUCUCUCAUCAAACACAAGAUCAUGUUGCCCCCGCGAAACAGGGGGACAGUGACCUACAUUGCUCCACCUGGGAAUUACGACGCGUCUGAUGUUGUGUUGGAGCUGGAGUUUGAGGGAGUGAAGGAGAAAUUCACUAUGGUCCAGGUCUGGCCUGUACGGCAAGUCCGCCCUGUCACAGAAAAGUUGCCCGCCAAUCACCCUCUCUUAACGGGUCAGAGAGUCCUUGAUGCCCUCUUUCCGUGUGUUCAAGGAGGCACGACGGCUAUUCCUGGGGCUUUUGGCUGCGGAAAGACUGUGAUUUCUCAGUCUCUAUCCAAAUAUUCCAACAGUGAUGUUAUCAUAUACGUAGGCUGUGGGGAACGAGGAAAUGAAAUGUCUGAAGUCCUCAGAGACUUCCCAGAGCUCACAAUGGAGGUUGAUGGGAAGGUCGAAAGCAUUAUGAAGAGAACUGCUCUGGUCGCAAACACCUCCAACAUGCCUGUGGCUGCCAGGGAAGCUUCCAUCUACACUGGGAUCACCUUGUCUGAGUAUUUCCGCGACAUGGGCUACAAUGUCAGUAUGAUGGCUGACUCUACAUCCCGAUGGGCGGAGGCCCUUCGAGAAAUUUCGGGACGCCUCGCUGAGAUGCCUGCUGAUAGCGGUUAUCCAGCCUAUCUCGGCGCCCGCUUGGCUUCUUUCUACGAACGGGCCGGCAGAGUGAAGUGUCUGGGGAACCCAGAGAGGGAAGGGAGCGUCAGCAUUGUGGGAGCUGUAUCUCCUCCGGGCGGCGACUUCUCUGACCCUGUUACUUCUGCUACUCUGGGCAUCGUUCAGGUGUUCUGGGGCUUGGAUAAGAAGCUUGCUCAGCGUAAGCACUUCCCAUCUGUGAAUUGGCUGAUCAGCUACAGCAAGUACACGCGCGCUCUAGACGAGUACUAUGACAAGCACUUCCCAGAGUUUGUCCCCUUGAGGACUAAAGCAAAGGAGAUCUUGCAGGAAGAGGAGGAUCUCGCAGAGAUUGUUCAGCUGGUGGGGAAGGCUUCCUUGGCAGAAACAGACAAAAUUACAUUGGAAGUUGCCAAGCUCAUUAAAGAUGACUUCCUGCAACAGAAUGGCUACACUCCAUAUGACAGGUUCUGCCCAUUUUAUAAGACAGUGGGAAUACUGUCCAACAUGAUCGCGUUUUAUGAUAUGGCACGUCGAGCAGUUGAGACCACUGCCCAGAGUGACAAUAAGAUCACUUGGGCCAUCAUCAGAGAGAACAUGAAUGAGAUUCUUUACCGACUCACAUCAAUGAAAUUCAAGGACCCAGUGAAAGAUGGAGAGGCCAAGAUCAAAGCAGACUACGCCCAGCUCUUUGAAGACAUGCAGAAUGCAUUCCGCAGUUUGGAAGACUAGAGUCACGACUCUUCUGGAGCCCCAACUGAGUGUGUUCCUCAUCUCCGUCUUCUUGCUUUUCCAUGGAUAGAAGAUGCACACUUCACUGAAGAUUUCCUUUUAUCUUUGAAAACAUUCCCGUUUAGUUUGAUAGCUGUGUUUUUGUGUGUGUAAAUCUGAGCUUCAGAGCGUAAAACAGGUUUUGUAAAGGUCCCUUUGAGGUUGAAAGUCUCCUUUACCAGAUUUGACCUCUUAGCCAGCAGUUUCCCUUUCUUUGGAAGAGAACCAGGGGAGCUCAAGAGUUUUUCUGGGGGAGAGAAAAAACCCACAUAUCCUGCUGUAUAUGUAUAGAUUGCAUUGGGGCACUUGAACCCUUUUUCCUGGAUUACUGCUAUUCACUUGAGGCAAUUCUGAUGCAUCAGAGAUAGGAUUUAUUUAUUGUACUUUAAUGUUGCUGCUGCUGCUACCCUGAAAAAAAUCAAAUCUAUAAAUUACUUAGCUACAAUAUUAUUUAACUAUUUUCCUGUUUCAUCCAGUGUUGAAAAAUUGCAGGCUUGUGGGGGCAAAGAGGAGAGCCCAGCAGCAAUCUUUCUGCUCAUCUUAUCUGAGGAAGCACAAUUUUCCUUAAAUAUAAAUUACAUUUAUUACUCACAACCAUGGAUGCUUCUAGCUAGUAAUGGGUUCCACUCUCUCCCUAGAUCAUCUCCACCCCCAAAUACAGAAAUUAAGUCACGUCUCUGUGUGCUGCAGCUUAAUAUAUAUAUUUGCCUAUAUGCAGUGGGAUAAGGCAGAAACUUAAUCAUUGUUUUUCAGUGGGACAAGGCAGCAGUCCUCUCCUCUGCCUCCUUGCCUGCGUUAUUCUUUGCAGUUACCGCAACAAUUAAAGCAAAAUUGGGAGCCACACAUUUUUUACUUUGGAUUUUUGUUUUUAUUUCAAUCACUGGAAUAGCGGAACAGUAGUUCUUAACAUUAUAGGGCAGGGAUGGGGGUAGAGAUGGGAAGGUCUGGGGGAAAACUGGAAAAAUUGGGGGGGGGGUAAUUUCCCCCCCAAAGCCGUUUUUUUGGGGGGGACGACAGCUUGGGGGGGAAUGGGGGUGGACCUAGUCCCCCCUCAAUUUUUCUGAUUUUCCCCAGGCUUUGGCUGUCUGAAUUUUACUGGACUCCAGCUCCCAUCAGUCUCAGGUAGCAUGGCUGGUGGUUGGGAAUGUCAGGGGUUGAAGGCAGACAGCAGCUGGAGCCUAUAGGUUUCCCCAUCGCUGUGGUGGAGUAAGAGAAUAUAGAGAAUUUGUCAUUUUACAGAGCUGGUGAUUUUGGGACGUUUGCUCUGCUAGUCUUGUCUUGCAGGACACGUGAGCAGUACUGCUCAGUUACCUUCUAGCGCGCAGGGUAGUAUUUUCUCACCUUGGAGAAGUUAGUUACUUUUCCUGGUGCUCAUGUUCUGAUUACAGUUUCAAUAAUGAAGAAGAACCUUAAUUUCCACUGAAUAAACAUCUAGUGCCAUCAUGUCACUGCUGCAAAAACACGGGUUCCUAGCAAAAAAACACCUAAUGCCCCUUCUGGGUCAGUUUCCUAUUCUAAACAGCAGAAAACCUGCUUAGUUGCAGAAUGGUUAUAACUGCAGGUGACACUUGUACAAGUUAAAUGCUCCAUCUCUCUCUCCACCCAAAAAUAAAAUAACGUUGCCAGGAAGUUUCUAGGUUCCUAACCCCCAGGUGUAUCUUGUCUUUAAGUUAAAUGCCAGUUAAAACCUAACUGCAUCUUGGCAUUAUUGUUGGUUCUGCAUUGAGUGUCAGUUUCCUCAAGCGUGGCGUAUGAAUGAUUUGUGCAAAACCCACUUUUGCUGAAAACCUAAUUGACUGUACUGUGCUGUAGCAUUUCAUGCCUAUGAAACCGCUAACUACUUUAAGAGGAUGCUGUAAAAUUUUACGAACUAUAUCUGAAAUAAAGAUGUCUAUUUAUUGUGCUGUACCUGCCUAAAACUGGCCAGUUCAGUUUCAUAUAUAUUUUGUCUCCUUGUUUUGUGUCUGUUUUUCAGUGUUAGAAAAAUAACUUGCUGUGCUGCUGCAAAUUCUUGGUUCACCAAAAAGUGGAGAAAUGGGACAAGGUGGGGAGGGGGGAAGGGGAAGCCUGUAUAGUAAGUACAUUAUCUGUUGCUAGAAACUGUGUACAUUGUGGAAGUAACUGAGAAUAAAAAAUGGAUUUAGAAUAUA